AGGGAAACAAGCGCCACCUCCUUCAGGGGAGGGUUAUGUCAAUAAGAAAUCAAAGUGCACAAAACUAGUGCAACACACACACCUGAGUCUGUAUCUUGCAGAACAAGGAGGAGGAUCAAACACAAUGCUUGUCUCAACCCUUUUGACCCUGUUGGGGGUGCUCUCUCUACAUGGUUGUGCAGAGGCCCAGUCCAUCCAGCCCAUCAAUCAAAUUCUCAAAGAUAUUGCUAUGAACUUGGAUAACACCCUAACCUGUGCAAAGUGGGAUUGCAAGUGUACUUUUGACCGCCAGCGCGGUUGCUGUUGUGCGGCCAACGACAUGUUCCGAGUGGAGGAUGAAACCUUUACUAGGAUGACGUCUUUGAGGAACGAUAUCAGCUCACUCAAGAGCAACGUGCACGCUUUAACCACUGGCAUGAAGAUUGCCUUUGCAGCCAGUAUGGGCCCAAAUCCCGAUCAAUGUUAUGGGCCUUUCAAUACCAAUGUACCAAUUGCUUACCCUGUGGUGACUCUGAAUGACGGCAAAGGAUACAACCCUUCCGUGGGUGUCUUCACUGCGCCACACGCUGGAGUGUUUGUCUUCUCCUCCACUGUGUACUCCUUGGUGAUCUCGGGUCAACGCGUCUAUUACAGAGUCAAGAUGAUGAAGAAUGGUGAGGUGAUGACGAGCAUGUCGGAGGACAAUCGAGACGAUAACGAAGACACUGCUAAUCAGAUGAUUACGUUGGAGUUGCAGAGAGGCGAUCAAGUCUACAUGCAGUUGGACGCUGGACGAAAACUGUGUAAAAAUCUGAAUAAUAAUGUUUUUAGUGGUUACAUGCUGUAUGCCUACCCGGAUGAGUAGCAUGUAACAACAACAGCGAUGCUUUAUCCUGCUCAUUUCAACCUUUCAAAAUGAUCCUGGAUCCCAGUGGGACAGCUUGGAACUUUCAUUUAAUGGAAUACUGAAGUUUUUUUUAAAAGGUAAAUCUGCUUUCUUCUCCUCUUGGCCUUCUUCACCGACCAGACUUACUCUGUUGGGAUCAGGCAUGGGUCUAGGGCUUGAGACCCACUCAACAUUACGUGCUAAUAGUUAGCAAUAAACAGAAAAAAAACUCAAGUGAAGAUUUUAUGAAGUGAUUUUAUCCUUCUUUUCUGUAUAGCACUUUAAGUUACCUUGUGUACGACUGGUGCUCUAUAAAUAAACUCGCCUUGCUAAGAAUUCAAUAUAAUUGAACUACUAUUGAAAUAUUGCCAUAAAACUG